AUGGAUAUUCUCAAAGUUUUGUCGCGCGGCAUCAAGCAGCCUGCGAAAGGCGCCAAAAACGCGAGCAAAGGAGCGGCAAACCUGCCAUCCGCCGGCAACCGAACGAACCCUCAACUUUUCCACGACGAGGUGUCUUCAGCGCGGGGCAAUAAGAGGAAGAGAGGCAAAGAAGAGGUCGAAGAGAAGGAAGAGGAGCAGUUGCCCGAGGUCGACUUCUUCGCACCCAAGCCCGAAAUCCCUACAGAAACCGAAAAUACCACGAAAUCCGCUGCCAAAGCCAAGAAGGCCGACAAAGCGUCCGCUGUCAAGCGGACUCUGCUCCCGGAAGACGAGUGCCGACAGAUCCUUCGCUCCCACCGACUGAAGCUCACGCUCCUCUCCGAGCGUCACAAGAAACCCUCCAAGGUCACCAAAAGCAAGAAGAAGAAGGUUUCCGUCGAGGUCGAGAAAGAGACGAACCAGCUAUACCCGCAGCCUCUGACAUCUUUCCGCGAGCUUCGGACGAACUACAAUAUUGCGCCGCUGCUAGCGGACAACCUCGCUCACCAGGGAUACAAGGUGCCGACUGAGGUGCAGCUGGGCGCUCUACCUCUGCUCCUGAAGCCAGAUCUUGCACUGAAAGAGGUGCCUCAAAACGAGGAGCUCGGGGAUGUCUCAAAGGGGGUGGAUUUCCUUGCCGUCGCGCCGACAGGCAGCGGAAAGACCAUCAGCUUCCUGAUACCCGCGAUCAACUCCAUCAUGCAGAAGAGGGAGUCUAGCGAAGACAAGGAUAGACAUGAUCUCUCUGCGAUCGUUAUUGCGCCGACAAGAGAGCUUGUUUUCCAAAUUGUGAAUGAGGGACGCAAGCUGGCCUUGAACUCUGGUAUCAAGAUCGCCGGCAUGAAGAAAGGCAUGCGCUUCGCCGUCGAGGAGGAGGAUAAAGCCGAAAGCGAAGAUGAUAAGGACGAAGAGAGCGAAAAGUCAGACGAUGACGAUGACGAGGACAGCGAGACCGAGCCGGCCAAGUCAAAGUCUGUCGUGAAAGCUGACAUUCUCGUCACAACACCGGCGCUAUUCUACAAUUUCCUGACGGCAACGUCAAAGACGGAUCGCAAAGUCCCGACUGUCACAUCUCUGAUUCUCGACGAGGCGGAUGUGCUGUUGGACCCCCUCUUCCGCGAACAGACAAUGGCGAUCUGGUCCGCCUGUCCUAAUCCGGAGCUGAGAACCACGUUCUGGUCGGCGACUUUCGGAUCCAAUAUUGAGACUUUGGUUACAGAGGCGCAGUCGGCGAGGCCGGCAUCGAAACCGUUGCUUCGCCUGGUGGUCGGUCUGAAGGACACCGCCGUCCCCAACGUUACCCACAAGUUGGUCUAUACCGCAACUGAGAAGGGAAAGCUAUUGGGCCUUCGCCAGCUUCUUCACCCGACAGCAGGAGACGACUCAGGACCACCCCUUCGACCUCCAUUCCUGGUCUUUACCCAGACCAUUGAGCGUGCUACUGCUCUGGAAGAGGAGCUGAAGUACGACAUCCCUCUAGCGGCCGGCGGUCCCACCAGAAUCGCUGCCCUGCACAGCGGUCUCACCGACAAGGCCCGCGCGGGCAUAAUGCGCCGCUUCCGCGCUGGUGAGGUCUGGAUUCUCAUCACAACGGACGUGCUCGCUCGAGGCGUGGACUUUGCAGGUGUCAACGGCGUCGUAAAUUACGACGUCCCAGGCUCGAGCGCCGCAUAUGUCCACCGAGCCGGACGGACGGGUCGCGCCGGACGCGAGGGCGGCGUCGCCGUCACGUUCUAUACGACGGACGAUAUACCCUUUGUCAAAACCGUCGCCAACGUCAUCGCCGCCAGCGAGAAGCAGGCCGGCAAGAAGGGCGAGGAGGCCAAUGUGCAAAAGUGGCUCCUCGAUGCCUUGCCGAAUGUGAGCAAGGAAGACAAGAAGAAGCUAAAGGAGAAGGGCGUUGAGGCGAGACGGAGUCACGGCGCUGCCAUGAUUUCGUCCAAGAGCAAGUGGGAGAGGCGUAAGGAUACGAAUAGAGAGGGGGCUACCGCCGCGAGCAAGCAGAGGAUGAAACAUGCCCGAAAGGUUGAUGACAGCGAGGCAGGCGAAUGGGGGGGUAUUGACUAA